CCUUCUGCGCCGGCGCGCCGCGCAGCCCCGCCCCUCCUUCCUGCGGCGCUCUAGGGACCAUGGCCGAUCCUCGCGUGAGGCAGAUCAAGAUCAAGACCGGCGUGGUGAAGCGGUUGGUCAAAGAAAAAGUGAUGUAUGAGAAAGAAGCAAAGCAGCAAGAAGAAAAGAUAGAAAAAAUGAAGGCUGAGGAUGGAGAAAACUACGCCAUUAAGAAGCAGGCAGAAAUCCUGCAAGAGUCCCGGAUGAUGAUCCCAGAUUGCCAGCGCCGGUUAGAGGCUGCAUAUACUGAUCUUCAGCAGAUAUUAGAAAGUGAAAAAGACUUGGAGGAAGCUGAGGAGUAUAAAGAAGCACGUGUAGUUCUGGAUUCAGUGAAGUUAGAAGCCUGAAGUUUCGCUCUACAGAGUGUUUUUUGCAUUAAGUCCUGGGGUCCACUCUACAAUUCAUUAUUUUUGGCCACUGCUGUGUUUAGUAAUAUGAAAAUGUGAUUCUUUUUAUGCAGUUGCAUAUAUUUUUCUUUGCAUAACUUAAUGUGUCAAAUAAAUGAGUUCAUCUAAUAAAAUUGUUCAUUUCAUACUUUAUAAAAAUUUCAGUCGGCCACUUAGUUAAAUGGUUGUUCAUUAAGUCACAUAGGUAUUUUUGAUAUGUGUCACUUUCUAUCUGAAGUUUAAAUAAUUUAAUUGUAGAUUGGUUUAAAAAUAAGUAUAUCAGCUGGGGAGACUAGGGAGGAGUCCCAUCUGUGCAGCUGUGGGAGCCCGUGUCCCUGCUGGGCAGACCCCCCACUUACUCUCUGUAAGAGAUCCCAAUAAACUCGUGGGUUCCCCAGCUUGAACUGUGGCAGAAUCAUGCCUUGGUGUGUGUUGGCCCUUAUGUCGAGGGGUAGACUUGCCUUAUGUGUCCCCAGGAAGUUCAGCAGCAGGACAGCACAGCCAAGUGUGGACUGGAGCUGGUGCUUCUCGUCCUGUUUCGGUGUGGUGCUAGUGAAGGGCCGUAGGCCUCAGACAUGGUGGACAAGUGCUCUGCUACCAAGUCACCUCUCCCACUGGAGUUUUGACUUCCUAUUCUGAGAUAGGCUCCAGUUAAGUUCCUCAGGUUCCCUGAGCUCACAAUAGAGUUCACAAAGGCCUUGAACUUAAUUCCGCCUGUUUCAGUAUCCUGACUCACUGGACUUACAGACCAUUGCUACCAGAUGCAGCCAAACUGUCUUCAUUGACUAGAAACAAGUAUUUUAUCACCAAGUAUUUUUCCUGCAGGAUUAUAAACCUAUUGGCAAAUCAUUUAAGGGUUUUUUUGUUUGUUUUUUCUCUAAAGUACACAACUCACUUGGUAUCUUAUAUACCUGGAACAUGUGGGUAACUUCACGGCCCCAGCUGAACAUGGCAUUGAUACAGUGAACCAAAAUAGUACUAAAUAACAUAGGAAGUUUAGAACCACAAUGAAGAAAAGACACAAUGCUAGAAGUACUUGCAAUGGUGGUGUGUUGAUCUGGUUUUCUGGAUGGUGAAUGGUCACCGGAAACUCUCAGGACUGAAGAAUAGAAAAUCCUACACUCUCCUGGUAUUUCUGAAGUCUCCCUAGGAAUGCACCCUCCUCCUGUCUUAGCCUCUCAUUUGUACUUGGCUAUGGGAAGAUCAGUGCUAGUGAGUCAUUUCUCCCCAGUGAUCCUGACAAGAGCUUUCUGGUUGAGCUUUCAAUCAUUUACAUUUCUUAAUGGGUGUUAAUUUUUCCUUAGCCUGUACUGCACCAUGUAAACAGUUCUUAGGAAGAAAUAGGAUGGUGUCGGGGGUGGGGGCACACUGAAAAUAAGCACAUGUUUGUAAGUAAUGAAAACUAAUUAAUAUAAUGUGUAUCUAACAUUUCUCAACUUUCUGGACAGUAACAUUCAAAGCUUAACAUUUUACAACUGCCUAUACCUGUGAACUGAAUCUCUUCCAAAUUGAGUAGUCAAACUUGUUUAAUCUAAAUCACUUUGCAGACUUCAUCACAUUAGUUGGCUUUUUAAAAACCCUAUCAAACUUAAUAAGGACAUAUCCUAUAGUUGGUUGUCAUUUAAAUCUUAUUAUUAGGUCAUUUAGAUAAACCAAGGACAGAUUAAUCCCUUCUUUGAUGACAAAUUGGGAAUUUUAAAUGUCAGUGGAAAUCUGGUGUGUGAGAGCAAGAGUUCUGAAGCUUUGGCAUUAAAGGGUUAAUCAGAUGGUGUCUUCCUUGAAGCCCUGUUGAGUGUGUUAGCUGGAAAGAAUUGAAUGGUUCAGAAAUACUGUACUGUGAAAUAAAUUAGAAGUAUUAGUGUAAUUGAAAUUCAAGAGUGCUUCUUAAAAUCCACAUCAUACUCCACUACUCAUCUUCCUGCUCUUAUGAGAGGUAUUUUCCACUGGACACUCACACAGACAUGUAGAAUUACCUUACAGUAAGCCUGUGCCUUCCUUCUAUUGUAUGCCUUCUGAUGCUUCGUAUUUUUCAAGGGAAAUAUUUUCAGUAUGUAUUUACAAAAAGAUGUAAAUAAUUUUAAUGCACAGUUCUUUCAAAUUAAUGCAGUUUUUUCAAUAAAAGAUGAAUGAAAAAUGGUUCAUAGAGGAAGAAAUGCAAAUGGAUAGUUGUGUUCCUAAUGUUAUAAUCAGGUUCAAAUAGAUAAUGAAUACCAAGUUGUUAGCUUGGUGUACUUAAGUAUCAGCUGAUAAGACAGACAAGGGGAAGAAAUGAGAAAUUGCCUCAGUAGAAGUUGCAUUGUUCUCAUUAUAAGCAGCUGAUAAGUACCAGGAAACAUGGACUACCUGUACAAUUGGAAAUUAAAUUAAUACAGGCACUUAUAAAACUAUAUAACAGUGAAGGCUUGCAUUAUGUCACCCAAGAAGACAUGUUGAAGACCUAACCUCCGCAAUUUGAGAAUGUAGCUGUGUUUGUAGAUGGGAUUCUUGUAGAAAGAGAUGACACCAUUGAUUCACCCAAUAGGACUGACAUUCUAGUAUUGAGAGGACAGGGGAAGGCCAUGUGACGUCCCUGUGAGCUACAGGCACCCAGGUGAUGCAACAACAAAGAGGCAGGCGUGGAGUAUUCUCCCGUGGUAUCUCAGGAUCUGACCAUGCUGAUGCGCACAGAGAUGUGAAACAGUCUGACCUCACGCCCAGGCUGUGGUUCUUCCAGCAGACAUAAAAUGUGUGUGUAGAAUCCUAAAGCUCUCACGUGUGGCAGCAAUAACCAAACAGAAAAGGACUAAGCUCCAAAGAGUCAAAUAAGACACUUUAAAAAUAACUUGUACUAUAUA